AGCCCGCCAAAUCUAGAAAGCAUGGCAACCGCCGCCGCCGCUGUCCUCCUCUCUCCGCCGCUGUCCUCCGCGGCUAAAACCCUCCUUCCCACCGUCUCUCACCACUCCUUUCCCUCCAAAACCCCGGCUGGCGCCCGACCCCCCACCACCAAGCUCUUCGCCUCCUCCUCCUCCUCCUCCUCCCGGACACUCUCCCCGAAAUCCCCUCCUAGCUCCGCCGCCGCCGAGGAGGAGCGCAUCUUCUUCGACGGCGGCGCCCACUACGGGGACCUCCUCGCCAACCUCCUCCUCGGGUUCACUCUCCUCUGGCUCCCCCUCACCCUCGCCGCCGUCUCCCGCGCCUUCUUCCUCCGCUACCGCUUCACCACCCGCCGGGUCACCGUCAUCUCCGGGUUCACCGGCCAGGACCGCAGCGACUUCCCCUACUCCUCCAUCCAGGACGUGCAGGUGGUGCCGAGAUUCAUCGGCGAGUGGGGGGACCUGGUGAUCACCCUCAAGGACGGCACCAAGGUGGACCUCCGGAGCGUGCCCAAGUUCCGGGAGAUCGCCGACUACUGCCUCUCGAUGGCCGACGGGUCGCAAAGGGGGUCGGAGGAGAAGAGAGGCGGCGGGCCGACAGGAUUUUGAGCUCAAAUGCGGGAUCUUUCAUGGACCUUUGGGGUUUCCUUCUCUCCUUCCUUCCUUCCUUUCACCGUUACCAGCAGAUGGAUUGACAGGUACUGGAAAGUAAACAUGGCUGUCAACUUCAGGUGUAUGAACCUUAUCUUCAUUCAAUGGCAUCAUCUACAAUGAGGAGGAACUCUGUGAUUUAGAAUUAAGGCCAUGCGGAUGAAAAGUAUAAGGAUAUUGCUAGAAGCAUUUAUUCUAUCUUGAUACUCAAUAUUUGCUGUUUUCUCUGUCUUGGCUUUUAGGCUAAAGUUUGCUUUACUUGUUUUCAAUCUUAGAAGAUACAAUGUCAAUAUAUUUUAGCUUUUUCUUUAGUUUAUUCAUAGUGACCAUUCAUGAA